AUGGACGUAGUAUGCGAUGAUAGAUGGCUUCAAGCCAUAGCAAAAUCUAGUUUUUUCUUCGGUACCAUUAUCGGCAGUAUCGUUUUUGGCAAUUUGGCAAAUGUAUAUGGAAGAAAGCCAACUUUUUAUGUCCUGCUGUCUGUAUACAUCAUCAUAGGUAUUCUAUCAUGUUUUCCACCUAAUUAUAUCGCAUUUAUUGUAUAUAGAACCAUAAUUGGCACAACUAGCAUUGUGAUUUUCCAGAUUCCUUUUGUUUUGGCUAUGGAACUGGUUAAACCACAGAAACGAUCGACAUCUGGAAUGUGUAUAUGCUCAACGUUUCCAUUUGUCAUCGCACUCAUGUGCCUUUUAGCGUAUCUCUCAAGAAACUGGUUUAUAUUAUCCUUAAUAACUUCUGUUCCUCUAGUAAUUUUCUUGGUUAUAUGGUAUUUUGUUCCUGAAUCACCGAGAUGGCUUGUUGCACAGAAUCGAAUUGAUGAAGCAGAAGUCAUUGUUCAAAAGAUAGCAAAAGUGAAUAAGAAAAAAAUACCACCGAACUUUCUCAAAACAUUUAUGGCAUCUAAAGGGAUCGCUAAUCAAAAGAACAAGAAAGAUAUAAAAUUUACUUUCGUACAUAUUAUAAAGUAUCCUAAUAUACGAAAGAAUUUUUUAUUAGUUACUUUUGGUUGGUUGGUGAAUGCUACUGUGUAUGUUGGCCUUCUUUUCGGUUCUACAUUGUUUAACAUCAACGAUUAUUUAGCAUUAACCAUUUCCGGUCUGGUUGAACUUCCAGGAGAUCUAGCGGCAUGGUGGGGAAUGGAAAAAUAUGGUAGACGAUUUAUAAUGCUAGUUUCUAUGGUAUUGGCAGGAAUAUCUUGCAUAUGUGCAGGAAUCGUUCCAGGAAGCUACACUUGGACUAUUGUCAUUUUGGCUAACAUCGGGAAAUUUGCAAUUGCCGGUUCGUAUUCUGCAAUUUACGUCUUCGGCAGCGAAUUGAUUCCAACUGUUUUAAGAACUUCAGCUUUAGCUACAGCUACGUUAAUUGGAAGUGUAGGAUCUAUGAUUGCACCUCACAUUCUCUAUCUGGGAACUUUAUAUGGUAGAGCUUUACCUCUCAUAAUAUUGGGAAUAUUAUCUAUAUUUGGUGGAAUGUGUAAUCUAUUUUUGCCCGAAACAAUGAACGAAAAUCUACCAGAGACAAUAGAAGAAGGAGAAGCAUUUGGUAAAGAUACCAAGUUUUGUCAAUUUCCUUUUACCAAGCCAAAGAAGAAAGGAAAAAUAUCUAGAAUAGCGGAUCAUAGAGAUUCCAAAACAGUUAGUGUCGAUAAUUAUGAAUUAUAACUUCUUUUAUUAUGUGUUUAUUAAAGAGAAAUAUGUACGAAGAUAAAACGAUAUGUAUAUUUUAUAAACUUAUUCGACAAAUAAUAAUAAAAUACAGUUAAGCAAUUUGUUCAAAUUAGAGAAGUUUUAAAAGCGUUUUUCUGUUGAGAAUAGAAAGCA